GUAAAGUUUUGUCAAAAGGAACUGAGGUAAACACGAAAAGUCCAUUGGCAAGAUUGAAUCCUGCUAUCUCUCCAGAAGGAUUGUUGAGAAUAGGGGGCAGGUUGAAGCAAGCAGAUCUGAGUGAACAAGAAAAACAUCCAGUUAUUUUGCCAGGCAAACACCAUGUGUCUACACUUCUCAUAAGACACUAUCACGAGCAGGUGGAGCACCAAGGGCGCACAUUUACGGAAGGUGCAGUAAGAGCUGCCAGCCUCUGGUUGAUUGGAGGCUAAAGAAGCAUUAGCAGCAUUCUGCAUGGAUGUGUCACUUGCCGAAAGCUCCGUGGGAGAAGACAGAGCCAAAAGAUGUCAGACCUUCCACAAGAGCGACUGAACAUUUCACCUCCCUUCACCUACACUGGUGUGGAUGUCUUCGGCCCGUGGUUCGUCACUGCCAGACGCACAAGAGGUGGUGAAGCAAACAAUAAGCGCUGGGCGGUUCUUUUCACUUGUCUGAGUACCCGUGCAGUCCACAUAGAGGUUAUAGAGUCCAUGAACACGUCGUCCUUCAUACACUCUCUGAGGAGAUUUUUCGCAAUUCGUGGGCCCUCCGAACAACUACACUCAGAUUGUGGCACCAAUUUCGUUGGGGCUUGCAAAGAGUUGCAGUUCUACAAAGUGUUGAAGGAGUCGGACGUCCAAAGAUACACUAACAGUCAAGGGUGUUCGUGGAACUUCAACUCGCCUCACUCUUCCCACAAGGGUGGGGUUUGGGAACACAUGAUUGGAGUUGCAAGGCGGAUUUUGGACUCAAUGUUAAUGCGCACCCCUUCUUCUAGUUUGACUCACGAAGUCCUGUGCACUCUCAUGGGAGGAGUGACCUCAAUCAUCAACUCCAGACCGCUGGUCUCUGUUUCCUCUGACCCAGAAGUACCUGAGAUACUCACCCCAGCCAUGCUCCUCACCCGCAAGCAGUGUGUACCCCCUCCACCUGGGGUGUUCACUGAGAAGGACAUGUACAAGCAACAGUGGCGUCAAGUGCAACGACUGGCAGACCAGUUCUGGUGUCGCUGGAAACGUGAAUACCUGCACACAUUGCAAGUUCGGAACAAGUGGCAGGAGUCCUGUCGCAACAUUGAACAAGGUGACGUCGUCCUGUUAAAAGACAGCCAAACCUGUCGCAAUGACUGGCCCAUGGCACUCGUCACCAAAACCUUUCCUGGACGUGGUGGAAAAGUCCGCAAGAUCGAAAUUAAGACAACAAAGGAUGGGUGCGUGAAGAAGUUUCUUCGGCCUGUCACAGAGAUUGUUCUUCUUCUAACAACAAAGGACUGAAUGCUAAUUCGUAAUGUUUUUAGUUUGUAUGGCAUCCUCACAGAUACCAGGUAGGGAGUGUUCUGCCCUUUAUUAUGUUCUGAGUAAUAAUUUGAAUAAGUUUUAUUCCACACUUUUUAUGGGCCUUUAUUUUGAAGAUGCUGUUAA